AUGCUCGCGUGCCGCCUGGCAAGCAGAUUAGCCGCCAAUGCUCCGAGUCGCUUCGGGGCGCAACGUCAGUCCGUCGUUUCGGCGCAACAGGAUACCACCUUGACUCCGACGUCCGCGCUCGUCGCGGCCUUCGCCGAGCCGGCGAACAGCGUCCUCGCGGCGUGCAAGAAGCACCCCCUGCUGGCGGCGGUCUUCUGCGCGACGCUCAAGGACAGCUCCUGCGACGUCGCGACGCAGCGGACGAUGAAUCCCGAAGGCGCGCCCUGGGAUUGGCGACGGACCGCGAUCUUCGCGACGUUCGGGGCGACCUUCGUCGGCGCGUGGCAGUACUGGCUCUUCUCCGUCGUCGUGCCGCGGGUCAUCCCCAUGAGCGCGGGCUUCGCGGCCGCGCCGCUGCGCCAGAAAUUGACGGAUACCGUCGGCUUGAGGAGCAUCGCGCUCUUCGUCGCGGUCGAGAACCUCUUCAACCAGCCCUUCGGCCACUUCCCGACGCUCUACGCCAUCAAGUACCGCCUGACGCACGGCGGCGCGAGCCUCGGCGACUCCGUGGGCGCGGGCGUCGCGGACGCGCGGAGAAACUUCGUCGAGGACAACAUCAACUCGUGCGCCGUCUGGGUCCCCGCGACGAUCAUCAACGGCCUCUUCGUGCCCGUCUGGGCGCGCGUGCCCUUCAUGAACUUGUGCGGCUGCGGCUGGACGUCCUUCAUCCCGACGCCGCGGCCCACCUACGCCGCGACGCCCGUGCCGAGCGCGCUGCCGUCGCCCGGGCCGACGACGGAGACCGCGGGCCCGACGCCGACGCCGACGCCCGCGCCCGUAUCCGCGUGCGACGUCGUCGCGAACGCGAACGCCGAGGACCUCUACAAGGACACGUACACGUCCAUGGAGGACGCCUACGACUCGGACACCUACGGCCACGCGACCUACGCGUGCGCGGAGCACCUCGUCGAGGACCUGGCGCAGUACGACAAGGCCGAGCCCUACCUCUGGUGCGUCGUGGGCCACUGCGACGACUGCUCCGGCUCCGGCGACGACGGCAGCUGCAUGACGAGCUACCUCGGCCUCGACACCGCCGACGAGUGCAAGAGCGCGACGCUCAACUACCUCGGCUUCGUCAACCGGAAGAAGACGACGCCCGACUACGGCGAGGCCGAGGCGUACUACACCGAGGCGCUCGACCUCUGGCCCGAGAACUGCGGCGCGCUCAACUACCUAACGGAGCUCUACGUCACGACGGGCGACGACGACGCCGCGGCGGAGACCUUCGCCGAGCUCUGCGACACCUGCGGGCCGAACCACGACCACACGCUCGCGCUCGUCGACGACCUCGGCCCCUGCGUGACGCCCGCGCCGUCCGCGGCGCCGUCGACGUCCGUCGCGCCGACGUCGUCCCCGACCAUGACGGCGGCGCCGACCUACGGCGCCGCGACGGGCGCCGACGACUACGUCGUCUCCGGCGACGUCGUCGUCUCGGGCAUCUCGCUCGACGACGCGGUCGUCAACUCCGCGGUCUUCGCGUCGGCCAUCGCCGCGGGGGCCGCCGUGCGCGCGGACUACGUCUCCGUCUUCUUCAGCGAGUCGGCGCGGCGGCGCCUCGCGGCGAGCGUCGUCGUGUCCUACGCCGUCGAACUCGGCUCCGAGGCCGCGGCCGACGGCGCCGUCGCGGAGCUGUCGUCGCUGUCGACGGCGGACUUCGACGCGCUCCUCGCGGCCGCGGCGUCGGACGCGGGCGCGCCGUCCAUGUUCGCGACGGUGUCGACGACGUCCCUCGCGACGCCCGAGGCGAGCCUCGUCUCCACGAGCGGUGCGGAGGGCGUCGCGGGCGUCGCCGCGGGCGCGCUCCUCCUCGCCGCGGCCGUCGCGUUCCCCGCCAUGGCGCCGAAGCGCAAGGCCUCGGAGGCGAGCGCCGGGGGCCCGCCGGCGAAGCGGCCGGCCAAGGGCAAGGCGCCGCCCGUCAAGUCCGCCGUGCCGCCCAAGGCGCCGCCCGUCAAGUCCGCCGUGCCGCCCAAGGCGCCGCCCGUCAAGUCCGCCGUGCCGCCCAAGCCGGCGCCGGCCAAGGGCAAGGGCGGCAAGGAGAAGCGCCGGUUCGACUGCCCGAAGCCCGCGUCGUCGGGCGAGGCGCUCGAGGUCGAGAAGAGCCGGCUGCUCACGCGCGAUACCGUCUUCCUCGGCCGGAGCGCGAAGAAGGCGCUGCUCAAGUUCCAGGCCUUCGCCAACGCCGCGGACUCGCGGGGCGCCGAGGCGUCGACGGACGACAAGGUCGCGGGGCUCCGGGCCGGCGCGACGCACGAGCUCAGGCUCCUCGCGAUCGAGGUCCGCAAGGCGCGGCUCGCGAACGCGGCCUGCGCGCGCGAGAUGGAGGAGUGCGCCGCGCUCGAGGCGGAGACGGCGGCGAAGAUCGAGGCGACGAAGGUCAACAUCGCGCGGCUCCAGGGCGAGCUCCGGUCCGAGCGCCGCGUCCGCGAGCGAAAGGAGGAGUACGAGUCGCUGGCGAAGAUCAUCAACGGCGUCCCGCCCAAGGUCGCGUCGACCAAAGCCAUCGCGGGCCUCGAGGCCGACGUCGCGGGCCUCGGCGAGCGCAACGCGCGCGUCGCCGCCGCGCUCGACGAGCGCGCGGCGCGGUUCGAGCUCCUGCUCCAGACCAUCGACGACCUCCAGCGCGCCGACGAGGAGGCCUACGACGAGGAGGCCGAGAAGAACGCCGCCGCCGCCGCCGCGGGCGGCGACGACGCCGCGCCCAUGGACGUCGACGACGGCGGCGCGGACGGCAAGCGCGGCGACGCCGCCGCCGACGACGAGGAGGACGGCGAGGUCGAGGAGCACACGUCGCCGAAAAAACGCAAGCUCAGCGCCGCCGACGACGACCCUCCUCGACGCGCGCGGACCGCAGCCCUCGACCCUCGGGCUAUGGCGCGGGCGGUGUACGGCACGCGGCGCAUCGGCAAGGGCCGCAAGGGCACCUGUAGCCUCUGGCUCAAGCGCAACUGGCUGUUGAUGAUCAUGGUGUUGAUGGCCAUCGCCGGCGUCGUCCUUUCCAUACUGCUCUUCCUCGAGCCCUGCGACAAGAAGACCAAGUACGACACGACGAACGUGACGAGCAUCCAGAACGUGACGACCGUCGUCAACGUGACAACCGUCGAGAACGUGACGAGCUACUUCAACGAGACGCACGCCUACAACGUGACGAGCUACUUCAACGAGACGCACGCCUACAACGUGACCACGGAGGUCAUGGUCGAAGUCGAGGUCUCGCAGCAGCAGGCCGUGGACGUCGUCGUCGCCCUCGACUCGUCGAACUCCGUCAGCGCCGACGGCUGGACCGACGAGAACGCCGCCGCGCGGACGCUGCUGCGAGGGCUGCGGAACGAUCUCGAGAGCGACAUGGCCGCGGGCCUGAGCGUGUGGGCGAACGACGGCGUCGUGCGCAUGGAGCUCGCCGCCGUCGCCGACGCGGACGCCGUCGACGCCUACGACGCCGACCGCGUGCCGUACUGCUCCGCGGUGCCCGCGAGCGGGAGCCAGAACCAAGCGCAAUGCGUCGAUACCUUCGGCUACGCCCCCUCGGGCACCUGGGCCAUGACGGGCGUGUAUACCUACUACUCCCAGGCGCUCCUGAGCUGCAUCGACGAGCUCGCGGCCCGGGGCCGGAACGACUCGUUCCAGCUGUGCAUCAUCAUCACGGACGGCGUCAUCAGCGAGGACUCCUACGCGCAGGACCCGGACUGGACGACGAUGCUCUUCACGGACACGAUGGUCGAAAACUUCUACGACGCCGGGAGCGCCUACGAGCUCUACUUCACGUCCGGCGAGUACUACGGCUACUACGUGACGGAGAUGUGGAUCGCACCGGGCGCGUACGCCUUCUGCCAGAGCGCGGGCAUCUCGGUCUGCUCCGUGGACAACAUCGCGCGCUACAUGAAGGACGACCUGGGCAUCACGAUCCAGAACGUGCUCGUCGGCUCGGAGGACAUCUUCACGGCCAACGUCACGAGCCGCAUGUCGCAGCUGUCGAGCUGCGAUUCGUCCGCGGUCGACUACGACGGCUGCGCGUACCUGAGCAAGAGCGACGACUUCGAGGCGCUCAACGACGCGGCGACGACGAUCGCCGCGUCCGUCGCGACCCAGGUCGGGACCGUCAUGACGCUCGAGGAGCGGACGACGACGGAGACGGAGACGCGGACGUCGUCGUCGACGGUCGCGGAGACGGAGACGCGGACGUCGUCGUCGACGGUCGCGGAGACGACGACGACGCCCGUGACGACGACGGCGUCGGUCACGGACAUGAUCAGCCUCACCGAGAGCCUGACGACGCAGGAGACCGUCUGCACCGGCGACGGCGUGUCUUUCGCGUUCAUGCUCCUGGCGAUCCCGCUCCUCGUCUACCUCUUCUUCAAGCCCAUCUCCAACGUCCUCGAGCGCUGCCUCUGCCCGCCGGACGCGCCGCCGCCGGCGCCGGAGGCGGCCCAGUCGCCGUGCACGAUGAGCGUGAACCCCGUCUUCGGGAAGGAGAUCGACCCCGACGCGGACCAGCGGCCCCCGCCGCAGCUCGCGAAGAAGGAGCGCGCGAAGAUCGACAACACGCUCACGAAGCAGGCGCGGGGCAAGAAGAAGAAGAAGAUCUUCGGGCUCGUGACGCCGCGCGGCGGCGGCGGCGCCGCCGCGCCGCCGGCGCCGCCGCCGUCGAGCCCCGCGCACGACUACGUCAUCGAGGCGCCCGCCGCGCCGCCGCCGCCGCGCUUCACCCCGGCGCGCGGCGGCAGCGCCACGGAGUGGGGCACGGGCAUCGCCGCGGUCUACGACGGCGACGACUGGCAGGAGACCGUCGCCGACUUCGUCAUCGCCGUCGCCUCGAAGAGCUCCUGCUUCAGCGUCUCUCGCUUCUCGGCGAGCAGCGCCUGCGGCGUCUGCGGCGUCGCCGUCGCGAAGGCGGCCCCGAGCGACCGGGGCGGCGUUUGCGGCGCGGGCGACGGCGGCGGCGACUGGCCCUACGUGGCGUCGGAGCUCGUCGGCGGCCUCUUCCACGUCUUCCUCGGCGGGGACCCCCUGGCGCGGUCCGGCGACCUGCGCGACGUCGCGUCCGAGGCCCACGUCGCGGCCACACUCCGGGACGUCGCGCGCCGCGUCGGCCGCGCGCCCGGCGGCCUCGGCGCGCUCCGCGUCGCCGCGCGGGUCCCCGGGCGGGCGUCGGCCGACGAGAUCCUGGGCGCCGCGGACCCGCUCGUCGCCCUCGCGGCCGAGCACGCGGGCGAGCCCGUCGCGCGCGCCGUCUGCCUCGAGGCGCUCGCGCGGCUCUGCGAGGCGUCGGCCGCCGCGCGGCGGCGCGUGUCGCGCGCGGAGCGCGUCUACGACGUCGUCAACCGGUCCCUCAAGUCGCCGCUCUGGCGCGCGUCGGCCAAGCACCCCAAGUCGCCCGCGCUCCGAGCGCUCCUAGCGAAGGCGUACCCGAAUUACUACGAGCCCGAGGCGUCGCUCGGCUGCCGGCUGCUCAUGCACCUGCUCCCCUGCGACCCGCCGCCGGGCGUCGACCUCGGCGGCAUCGGCACGGCGCUGCUGAUUUUACUGGACGGCACGCGCGACGCGAAGCGGCGGCCCAUCGUCGUCGCGGCGACGUGCCUCGCGAUGCUCUGCGCGACGGCGAACCGGACGGGCCUCGCGGCCGUCGACGGCGCGGGCGUCGCGAAGCUCGUCGAGGCCUGCCGGGGGCGGCUGCCCGUGCCGGACAAGGACGACGACGACGACGACGACGACGGUGACGGCGACGCGGCCGACUGCCCGCACCGCAAGCUCGACAAGGUCGAGCGCGACGCGUUCGCGGCCGCGUGCGGCAACUGCCUGCGGGUCUCGACGCGGUCCCCGCGCAUGCUGCCGUUCCUCGUCGACGCCGACGCCAUCGAGACCGUGCUCGUGCCGGGCCUCCUCGUCGGGUCGCCCGACGACAAGGCGAACUCGGAGCGCGCGCUGCUCAUGCUGUCGCUCGACGCGGCGACGGCCGCGGACGUCGCGCGGACGCCGGCGCUCGCGACCUUCGCGCAGCUCGACUUCGUCGCGGGCGGCGACGCCGACGACGGCCGCCGCGGCGCGUCGGCGGCGGCGAAGGCGCUCGCCGCGCUCGCGGACCGGGGGCUGGGCGUCGCCGUCGCGGGCGCCGUCGCGCGGCGCGACGCGAUCGGCGAGCGGCUCGUCGCCAACGGCGGCGCGGCGCCGGCGCGCGUCCCGGACCUCGACGACUGCGCGGCGCGGGCCGCGCGGGCCGUCGCGGACGCGGACGCGGCCUUCGGCGACCGCGUCGCGUCGGACUGCGUCGCCGUGUGGCGGAGCAGCGGCACGGAGCGCGCGCACCGCCACGAGCUGUGUGGAAAUCAAAUCUUCAACCCGACUUCAAUGUGCGCGUAA